UCUUCUCUCUCUUUCUCUCCAUUUCCUAUCAUCAUUCCUUGCCAUCCCUCAAAGCUAUUCCCAAUUCCGAAAUGGGCAUUCACCAUCCAAUUCCCGUUUCCGCUUGAAAUCCAUCUUUGGUGGCGGCGGCGGCGGCGGCGGCGGCGCUGGCGACGGUCACUGAGAAGAAGGGUUGGAGAGAGAUAAAAGAGAGAAAAGGUGGCAACAUGGGGGGCUUCAGCAUGAAGUUAGUGACGACAGUGAUCGGGUUCGGAUUGAGCUUAACUUUCGUCGUCUUCAUCUGCGUCCGCCUCAUCUGCAGCCGAAUUCGCUCCGCCAAUUCUCAGGCUGCGGCACUCGAUGUCCAACUGCACUCGGAUUUCGACCCGCCAGAGCAUUCAAUCAGUGGCCUGGAGCCUGCUGUGGUAGCCGCAAUCCCCACGAUGAAGUAUAACAGAGAGACAUUUCAUUCCAGAGAAGAUGCCCAGUGUACAAUAUGUUUAGGAGAAUACCAAGACAGAGAAAUUCUGAGGAUUAUGCCUGCUUGUGGCCAUAACUUUCAUCGCUCUUGCAUAGAUAUAUGGCUGCAGAAACAAUCAACCUGUCCAAUUUGCCGAUUGUCAUUAAAUGAUUUGAUCGAGGCAAAAGAUGUUGCAUUCCAAGCAGUAAACAGGCUUCAGGUUUCUAACGAUCAUACCAACCAAUGGGUAUUGCCAAGUUUUCAGCUUUUAGGAGGUAGCAGGAAUAACCAAGGCUCACAAGAAUCUGUGUCAGUAGUUGUUGGAUUUGCAUAUGGCGAAGAGCCGUAAGCCAGAAGAUGGUUAAAGCAACAACCAUGAAGGACAAUUUGUGAAGAUCUCGCAUUUUAGGAUCCCCUCUUAUUCGUUCAGUAUCCAUAGUCUAAACUCGUAGCUAAUGAGAGUCAUGCAGGUUCAUUAAUCAUUGCUCCAGGGAGUGUUGUGAAAAUUGGUAAUUAGGUGAGAUGUCAUAUCAGAAAUGAUGCGUAAAGUCUUCUGAGCUCCCUUCAAUAGGAAAUAUUUAACUGGAUUAUAUGUUGUGCAGUUUGAAAAAUUGAAAUAAUUGUAAAUUUUUUUAGAGUUUACUUAUGCACCUGAUCAUUGUUGCAGUUAUUCAGGUUGACAGAAAAAGUUUGCGUCUUUGCUAUAUUUCAGGAUCGCUUAUUCA